CAACCCAGCAAACCCCUGUUUUUGUCUCAACAUCAAGCCAAAUAGAACCCUCAAAGCAAUAUUAUGAGUGAAAUCUCAUGCAGUUUGAAAAUAAGCCUCUAGUUUCUCCAAAGGGAGAGAUUUAAGUUGAUGUUGUUGAACUUUUUGUAGCUGGAGGAGAGAAACUCGAAUCUCUCUCUAACUUUCUGGCUGCAGUGAGUGAGUUUACAAUGAGAGCGGUUUAGACGAGAGCAGACACUCCGCCCCGCUUUCACCACACGCACGUCUUUUCCGGACCGGGAGGAGACUGAGCUCUCUGCCCUGAUCUUCAGCCUCUUGCCUGGCCUGCGGGCCCACAUCUCUGCCCACCCAGGCCCCAGCCAGUGGGGGGAGAGCAGCUUGAAGGAGGGCUCUCGGAUGCCCCGAGCUGACUGAGGGCUCCUUGCCUGUCGUACGAUGGAGGAGCCGUCCGGUGCCCUGCAGGCGUCUCUGUCGGAGGCGGAGAUUGAGCGGCGCUCCAUGGCCGAGGAGGAUCCGAACGGGAACGAGCACGGAGCCGGGGCGAGGAGCAGCACCGUGCCGCGCUGGGGACCACAACACGCCGGGGCCAGGGAACUCGCCCAGCUUUACUCACCAGGUAAACGGUUACAGGAAUGGAUCUGUGUCAUCUUGUGUGUCUGUUUGGUGACGAUCAACUUCUUUUUCCUGAUGCUGCAUUUUUCUAUGGAUCACGUUUCCAAAUUAAUAGUAGCCAUUUUUGCUGGGAUUGUUACUGCGGAUUUUGCCUCCGGCCUGGUUCACUGGGGAGCAGACACCUGGGGUUCUGUUGAUAUCCCUGUCAUUGGCAAGGCAUUUAUAAGACCUUUUCGAGAGCAUCAUAUUGAUCCAACUGCAAUAACAAGGCAUGACUUCAUUGAGACUAAUGGUGAUAAUUGUAUGUUCACUAUUAUUCCACUGGCCCACAUGACCUACAAGUUUAUCACUAACAGUCCAGAAGCUAUCUAUGAAGCUUAUGCCUGGGACAGCUAUAUCUUCUGUUUAGGCAUAUUUGUGACAAUGACCAAUCAGAUUCACAAAUGGUCCCACACAUACUUUGGUCUGCCUCGCUGGGUCACCAUCUUGCAGGACCUUCACAUCAUACUGCCCAGAAAGCAUCAUCGAAUCCAUCAUGUUGCCCCUCAUGAAACUUACUUCUGCAUCACCACAGGAUGGCUUAACUACCUUCUGGAAAAGAUUGGAUUUUGGCGGAAUUCUGAAUUUGUUAUAACAAACCUAACUGGACAUAAACCAAGGACUGAUGACAUGAAGUGGGCCCACAAGAUGGAAUAAAUUAAUAUAAAUUAACCAGUCAUGUUUUUGGCCACUGAACAGUCUAAACUGUGCUCUGGAACAGAAGAUGCUUUGAAUUCUUUUUUUUAAAAUCCAGACCAGAAUGUGGAAAUUGACAUUUUAUUUGCAAAUCAUUACUGCCAUUCAUAUCAGCUGCUGAUGAUGGUGUAGACAUAAUUAGAGAAAUAAUCCUUUGCUUACCACUUUAUGUUAAUGUAUAAGAUACUAACUAUGUACGUCAUUUUGUACUCAAUAUUUCAUUAAAAACAGUACCAGCAACAUUUUAAGAAAAUGUAAAGAUAAGUGUGCCAUUUCAAUGGUGGGCUUCGAAAGACUUUGGCAAAAGAUAAGUACCUCCAGAUCAACCUUAAGCACCCGUUAAAAUAAUUGUAAUCCCAGAAAAUUGUUGAAGCUCACAUGGGACUUCGUACAAAGUUUAUUUUAAUUUUAUACUUGUGAGUUUUUUUUUGUUUUUUAACAGUGAUCUUGGUGAUUGUUUUAUUUGAGGUAACCAUCAUAACUUAGAAUCAAAUCAGAGAAUCAUUCACACUCCAAAUGUAGCCUCACAGUUAAAUCAAGAAUAAACAAGAGGACCACUUUAAAAUUCUGCUGUUUACUUUGGUUCUGAAACAGAUUUGGUAAAGAACUACAGAAAUAAGUUAAUAGGUUCAUCUGACAAUGGGUUCACUGCUUAGCUUCUGUGGAGAUCAAUCUCAUACCAUACCUUCUGACCAAGAAUGAUCUAUUUAGUUUCAACGAUAAGGGAAUAAAUAGAUUAUGUGAUUGUUUGUAUCUGUGACAGAAGUCUAGGAUUAUAUAGUUCACAGAUUUCAAUCAGUAGUAAGAAUGUAAUAACCACUGACCUCCAUUAAAACUGAUCCACAAAAGUUGUGUGGUCUUGGAGUAGUUUUUCUCUCCUCUAAUGUUAGUUUCAAGUUAUGCCUGCUACAGUGAAUUGGUGGUAGUAGGUGGCAGAGUGAUCAGCCAAUCACAUUGAAGUAUUCUCACUAACGGUAAAGAAACAAUUAAAGAACAGGAUAAAUAAGUUAUAUUUAAACCUUUGUGUGAAAAGUAAAUAAAGUUUGAGGCAUACACAUGCAGCUAAGUGGGAAACAAAUAUUAGUAAAAACCUAAACUAAAUGCUUCAUUAAAGAUUUGCAAUUUUAAAACAUUCUAAGGGAAUGAACCUCCACAUGUGUAAAAAUAGUUUCUCAGGGCCAGAGAGUUAUUCAGCAAUAAGUAUGACUUGGCAUGCCUUUAGAUAUUCAUGUCUUGUUCCAUCGGGAGUAAUUAACAUUUUCAAUGUUUUUUAGCAGCAGUGUUUUAUAUAAAUUAUUGAAGCUUAUGAUAAAUUAGUGAUUUCUAAUCACCGCAUCCAUGAUGACUACAAUAACACAACCUUUGGAGGAGUAAGAUAGCUCUAAUGGCAUUGAUAGAUUUUUCACAUUUAUAUGCAUUGCGUGGUGCCAGAAGUUGCUGUCAGUUUUCCACAGUAACAACAGAGAAUGCUGACAGUUUCCCUUUUACUGCAGAUUCCAGACCUCAGACUCUGUUCCUACAGAAGCCAUAAAUGUUGCAAUUAUAUUGUAGGACUCUUUUUGAAACUUAUCUUGCAACAAGGUCCUUCGGUUGCUGGACUGCCCAUGCUAUUUAUAUUAUGGGGUAGAGCUCUUAGAAUGAGUGCCAUCAUAAACAGCCACACCUAUGUAAUUCUUGCAUAGUUUUGACUGCAAUUUUGGUUUCAAGCCAUACAUUCUAAGUGAAGAUCUGUAUAAAUUAUACAAUUGCAUCAAAAAUAUGCCAAUAUCAUAUGCAUAUCCAGUUGCAGCAGAUUUUUAUAUUGGCUUCUGACAGCACAUAGAAAAUUUUGUGAUGGAUGCUGCCUGAAGCACCAUUUCUGGUUCAUUUAUAGUUCAGUGCUGCUGCUAAAGUUAGAGAUGACACUGGUGAUUGUGCUGAAAUAUAAAUAUAACAUCACUCG